AUGAUAAGGUUCCUAUUACUGGGGGCUGCUCUACUUGGAGUAGGGUAUGCCCAGAGUCGUCAGACAGUCAUAGAUAACCAAGUUGGGUACAAACAGGAAAGAGCUCCGACUUAUUUGGUGAUUGCACCUAAAAGAGUUCGGCCGAAUCAAGUUGUACAAAUUUUUGUGACAAUUUUGAAACUAGAAUACUCCAGAAUAGAAGUACGGGUGUCUAUUACACAUAAAAAUGUUGAAUAUGCUGGGGCUAAGCUGACAUUUGACCAGAUUGGCAGUCGUACCAUGCAGUUACAUAUGCCUCAGAAUUCUCAGACUGGGGAUUACAAACUACGAGUGGAGGGAACUAUUGACGGAGGAAGCAGUGGAAAUGUGUUUGAAAACGAAACAUCUAUAGAAUUCCACCCUAAGCAGGCCUCCCUGUUUAUACAACUGAGCAAGCCCAUCUUCAGGCAGGGCCAGAAAGUUUACUUUCGAGUGGUGCCUAUACUUCCCAACUUGAUGCCCAAAUAUGGAAGUAUGACAAUUUAUGUCAAUGAUCCAACAGGAUUCCCAGUACGUAGAUGGCUGGCUGUACAGACCAAUGCAGGAGGUAUUUUAAGUCAGAGCUUUCAAUUGUCUGAUCAACCUAACUAUGGAAACUGGUCUAUACAAGUCGAUGCUUUUGGUUAUGUGUAUUACAAGCAUUUCCUUGUAGAAGAAUAUUGGGACCCAAGAUUUGAUGUCAAUGUGACUGUCCGUCCUUAUAUCAUGGACAAUGUGGAUUCUGUUGGUGGUGUCAUCAACGCAAAUAUGACAACUGGUAAGCCUGUGGAAGGAAACGCCUCUGUGUUGCUGACAGUGAUACCCCCUCCAGACCUUCGCUAUGAGAAUACUGAUGUAACCAACACCAAUCCUGCCCUGUACACCCCUAUUACCAUGACAGAAGUGUACGACUACGUUAAAGGUCCAAUUGCAUUCAACUUUAAGAUGUCGGAGAUAUUACAGCGAGUACAUCGGUACUGGCCACAAUAUAUCGGCUGGCCAGGAUUGACUGAUUUUGAGCUCCAGUUCAACGCCUCUGUAUAUGAUUGGUUCUUCAGUAUGACCAAACAAGGUUAUGCCAGUACGACUAUCUUCAGCUCGCGCACACGACUUCAGUGGGUUGGUGACCAUGUUCGCACAUUCAAACCUGAAACUACAAUGACUGUACAGGUAGCUGUUAUGAAGUAUGAUGGCACGCCAGUGUCAUCCUCCAAAUAUGUCCGUCUUAUUCUGGAGCCGCGCUACAGUGGCACAGGAGGAGGUGCACCCAUUACGGGAGGUGCACAAUACAUGAAGACACCUGUCAAAGGAAUUGUGCAGUUCUCUAUCCCAAUUGAUAAACAGAUUGCUUCACUCAAGAUAACGGCCCAGUAUGAUGGUGACCCAUCUACCGAUAUCCAACUCAUGGCAACCAAAUUCUACUCUCCAAGCAACAGUUACAUCACUGUGUCAACAUCCACCAGUUCUCCAAAGAUCAAUGAAUAUAUGAUUUUCCAUGUGAAGACCAGCAACUACAUACCUAGAAUAUAUUAUCAGAUCGUCGCUGGAAGUAAUAUCAUUGUGGGCGAAGAAUUAGAGAUGAAAUCCCGCAGGAAGACCUUCUCCAUUGCUCUGUCAAAGGAAAUGGUACCGACAGCUCGUAUUGUUGUAUACUAUGUAUCUGGACAGCCAGAGGAGAUCGUCAUUGACACACUUACGUUUUCUAUUGAUGGAAUGAAAUCCAACCAGGUUGGAGCCAAGAUAAACCGAGGAAAGGACUUUACUAGAGAUACUGUUGAAAUCAUGGCCACAGCUGAUCCAGGCUCCUACCUAGCUUUUGCUGCUAUGCCUAGUGAUCUUUAUGUGCGAGGAAUUAAUGAUGGACUCACUGAGUAUAAUCUAGUGGAUGAGUUGAACAGUUAUGACGCCCCUGCCCGAGGCAGUUACCAGCAUCUUUGGCGACUCAGCGAGACAGAGUAUGAGUACAAGUUCUUCCUGGCACAAGGUUAUGGCAUCGACAGCUUCACAACCUUCCGUGAUUCUGGACUGCUGGCCCUUUCUGAUGUUACCAUCAACAGAGUUCCAAAUCAGUGUGAGUUGGAGCCUGACACCAUUCCAUGUUUUGAUGGGACCUGUUACCACAAAAACAAGACCUGUGACAAGAACUUUGAUUGCGUCACUGAUUGGUCAGAUGAGGAGAACUGUCCAAAAGAAGACCCACGUUACAACAACAAGACAACAAAUAUGAUUAAUCGUGUGAGCCGCGUGCUGAGAUUUUACGAGGACAGUGGUUGGGCGUGGCAAGAAUACUUCACAAAGCCUGAUGGAGAGGUCGAUUUCCGGGUCAACGUUCCUAAAUACCCACUAGAAUGGGUCAUCAAUGGAAUUUCCAUGAGUCGAAACCUUGGUCUAGGACUGAUGCCGCAACCUCUGCGGUACGAUGCCACCCGCUACAUGUACAUAAUCGUGGAAUCAGCAACACACAUUAUCCGAGGAGAACAGAUCGGUGUCAGAGUCACAGUGUUCAACUACUGGUAUGCCUCCGACUUCAUCGAGGUUCUGGUCACUAUGGAAGGUUCUCCAGAUUAUGACUCUGUACUAGUAGGGGAGGAGGGCUUCGUAACAUCUUAUAGUCCUACACGACACAACGGUGACCACCAAACCAUUGUCUUCCUUGAACCUGGUGAGUCCAAAGACAUCCUGAUGCCCAUCGUCCCCAACAUGGUCCAGGGCAACUUCACCUUCACUGUCAGUGCCUGGUGCUUCCUGGAGCGGGACUCAGUGACAAAACAAAUCUAUGUUACAGGUGAUGGUGUUCUCAACUAUUACCACACACCCUGCCUGAUAGACAUGAUCACCUACGGCUCAAUCAUCAUCCCAGAUCUCAAGGUCAAUGUGUCUGACCAGUUCAUCACACCAGAACAGCGUUACCAUAAUUACGUUCCUGGUUCAGGUGUAGGCCACCUCAGCCUGUUUGGUGAUGUUGUCACGCCUGGAUUCUUCGUGGACUAUCCUACAGCAGAAGAUAUCAUGUACCGACCAUAUGGAGCAGGAGAAAUGAAUAUGUUUAAUUUUGCUUUCAAUCUCAUCACACUUAAAUUCAAGAAAGCUAAUCAACAGUUGCCUAAUGACAUCCUAAAGCGAACGCUGCACUACAUGAACAUAGGUUUGCAAAGACAGCUGAGCUACAUGAAAGAAGACGGAUCCUUCAAGAUGUUCCGAGACGACAACAGAUCAAGCAUUUGGCUAACUGCCUUUGUGGCCCAGACUCUUCAUGAGGCGAGAUUUGGUGAAUGGGAGAAAGAUCUUUUUAUCAAGCUAGAACUCAUCAACAAAAUUGUGGUGUGGAUCUGUGAGAAACAGAACAAUGUGACAGGAGAAUUCUACGAUGAUCAAGUUCCUGUGUAUGAUAGAAACUACGCUUCCAGAAGUGAAAUGAUGGCAGCUAAACUGACAGGUCACCCAGUUCCUCUAACGGCAUAUGUUCUCAUAGCGCUGUAUAAGAUAACAGAUGUUUCACAGGAGGCACAAAGUUGUAUAGAAAAGGCCAGACAGAGAGCUUCAGAGUACCUGUCUACAAGAACCUCGGAGAUAGAAGCCAGCAAUCAGAUCUUCCAUAUGGCCAUCACUGCUUAUGCUCUUUCCCUCAGUCAGCAGAGGAGUCGAACUAUAUUUGAUAAGCUGUGGGCAAAGCGAAGGAAAGCUGAAGAAUUCUACUUUGCUGAUGACGUUGUGCGUGAGAAUCCAUCUGAUUUUGUGAACACUGUGCGCUACCUGUUGCCCAGAUUAGAGUUGAUGAAUGAUGCGCAUGCUGUACAGAGUACGGCGUAUGCUCUCAUGGCACACAUCAAUCACUUUGGAUCUUCAUCUGGAGAUUACAAAGUGCAGCGAGACUCUAUGAUGCGAUGGCUGCAGACCAUGCGCAACUAUAUUGGAGCUUUUUCUUCUUCACAGGACACCCUGGCUGCUAUGGAGUCUCUGUACGCCUUCACACAGGUCGACCCUAACAGGAAUGUGUUUGACAUGUUCAUGGAGCUGGAAUCCUCCGCCUCACCAGAGUGGAAAUCCCUGAUGAUCAUGUCCAAAACCAAUUACACGGACCUACAGGAAGCUUUUCUUCCUAAAGUAUAUGGACAGGUGAGAGUGACGGCCAGAGGUACAGGCAGAGCUCUGAUACAGCUGACUACCACUGUGAAUGUUGAGUAUGCCUGGCAGAUAAAAAACACAGUUGACAGUAAACAAUUCUAUCUACUGGAUCUCGACUUCCUACAAUUUACUGGAAGGAAUUUCUCCACCAUGGAAAUGAUGCCCUGUGUCAGCUGGAUCUACACAGAGAAGUCCCUCACUUCUGGCCUAAGUGUCCUAGAAAUUGAUAUACCAUCUGGUUACGUGGUAAUGAACGACACUUUACGAACCAUGGUGUUGAACAAGACCGUGCGAAAUCUUCAACGUGCCGAAUUCUACAACAGAAAAGUUGUCUUCUACUUUGAUUAUUUGGACCAGAGUAGAUCGUGUGUGAGAUUCAAGGCUCACCGGUGGUAUCCAGUGGCUAACAUGACUAUCCAACACAAAAUGCGGUUGUUUGACUACUACGAGCCAGGUUUCCAUAACACCACGAUGUAUACGACGUACAAUUUGUUCAAUCUCAACAUCUGCUACGUUUGUGGAUCCUACCAAUGUCCGUACUGUCCGUUCUUCAAUGUGGCGACUGUCCUGAAAGCAAGCUUUACCGUUAUAUCACUGAUAAUGGGCUUCUUCAUCAAAAGAUACAUGCUGCGUGUAACAUAACAACCCAGUCUUACUUUCCUGAUAUCUUGUGUGUUGACUUUCUAAAUGAGUAUUUUGUUGGUUAAUUUUCAAAAAGGCUGUAAUCAGCAAUUAACAAAAAAAAAGAUUCAAAUCAGCAAUAGACAGUGAAAUGAAGGAUCGCAAUAGUGAUUGUGCUGGGAGGGAGGUGGAACUUAAUGUUUUUCAGAAUAUGUAUAACAAGUAAUAUUUUCCCACUGAAUUUUUUUUUGAAUUUUGAA